AUGAGUCUUCUCGGGAGCUACCGGAAAAAGACCAACAAUGAUGGCUAUGAAUCUUUGCAGCUGGUGGACAGCAACGGUGACUUCUGCGGCAGCCGGGAGCGAACCGGCGGAGGCACUGGGGGCGGCGGAGGUAACAGCAGGGUGAUCCCCGCGGUCGUGGCGGCCGCAUCGGCAGCGAGGAGCCCAGGACGACAGCUGCAGCAUCAGCCGCUCGAUUCCAGCACCAUGGACAGCUCAGGUGCCUCAUCUCCUGACAUGGAGUCUAGUUAUGGUGGUGGCCUGUUGGACAUGAUGAAAGGAGGAGCAGGGAGACUCUUCAGUAACUUAAAAGAUAAUUUGAAGGACACACUGAAAGAUACUUCUACUAAAGUUAUGCAAUCUGUUGCAAGCUACACCAAGGGUGAACUAGAUAUUUCUUAUAUUACCUCAAGAAUUAUUGUGAUGUCAUUUCCUGGUGAAGGAGUUGAACUGGGAUUUAGGAAUCAUAUUGAUGAUGUACGGACGUUCUUGGAUUCAAGACAUCCUGAUCACUACACAGUUUUCAAUUUGUCACCAAAGUCUUAUCGUACUACCAGGUUUCAUAAUAGGGUAUCUGAAUGUAGUUGGCCAGUAAGACAAGCACCAAGUCUCCACAACCUCUAUGCUGUAUGCAAGAACAUGCACAACUGGUUGCAACAGAACCCCAAAAAUGUUUGUGUCAUUCACUGUAUGGAUGGUCGUGUAGCAUCAGCAGUCCUGGUCAGUGCAAUGUUCUGUUUCUGUCAUCUCUUCUCUAAUCCAGCUCCUGCCAUUCAGUUGCUAAAUUCAAAGAGACCUGGAAUAGUACUUUGGCCAUCCCACAGAAGGUAUGUAGGAUAUAUUUGUGAUCUAAUAGCAGACAAGCCUGUUCAACCUCAUUGCAAGCCUCUAACAAUCAAAUCAGUCCUCCUUAGUCCAGUACCCUGUUUCAACAAACAGAGAAAUGGUUGCCGGCCUUUCUGUGACAUCCUUAUUGGAGAAACUAGAAUAUUCACAACAUCACAAGAAUAUGAAAGAAUGAAGGAAUUCCGUCUUCAAGAAGGAAAAGUUGUAAUUCCAUUAGGAGUAACUGUCCAUGGCGAUGUAGUUGUUUCCAUCUACCAUAUGCGAUCAACCAUUGGGGGACGGCUUCAAGCUAAAAUGACAAAUACACAAAUAUUUCAAAUUCAGUUUCACACUGGAUUCAUAGCCCUGGGAACAACAGUAUUAAAAUUUACUAAACCUGAACUGGAUGCCUGUGACUCACCUGAAAAAUAUCCCCAACUAUUUCAUGUCCUACUGGAGAUAGAAAUAGAUUCCAUGGAUAGACAGACUGACCUAACUCCUCCAUGGGAGAACUUUACUACAAAGGACAUCAAUCCAAGCAUCCUUUUCUCAUCCCACCAGGAGCACCAUGACACCCUGGCCCUGGCAGGUAGAGGUUCUGUAGAUGCACCACAAGAUAACCUAAAGAAUGCUGGACAGGGGGCAUUCUUGUCAUCUCUCAGCUGGCAAGAUCAAAAAUUGGAGAGAAGCAGUUCUCACCCCAGCUCAGAGGACCGGGCAGUACUGGUACAUGAAGAAAGUGAGCAAUCAGAUGAUGAACUUUUGUCCCUGUCCAGUCAGCACAGUAGCACCAGCACUGAAAAAAUCCAUGGGGCACCAAAGCACAGCAAGAAGCACCAUGAGCCACCAGGCCCACCACCUACAGAAGAUGUGGACCUUUUAGGUUUGGAUGGCAGUCCUAUGAGCAAGAAUAUUCCAGCAGCAUCCAUUGCACCACCAUCUAAUUCAGACUUGCUGAGUGACCUCUUUGGGGUUGGUAAUUCUGGAGGACCAAGGCAAGGUGGGCAGUCAGCUGUUGAUGAUGUCUUUCAGAUGGGUGGAACUGGGUCUGCACAAUCCACCCCACAACGGCCUGCAGCUUCAGUGUCCCCAUCUCUGUCCCCAAGAGUAGAAGCAACCACCUUUGACCCAUUUGGGGGUAGUCCUAAAGAACCUGCCCCAGAUCUCCUAGGCUCUUUUCUUGGCUCAUCAAAAACCAGUCCUGAUCCUUUUCUUCAAUCGGCACGGAGUCCCUCACCUACAAUGCAUCCUACCAGUACACCAACUGUUUCCAUUCAACCAGACGUUUCAGGUGAUUGGGAAUGGCCUAACAAAUCAGGUGGUCUAGGCAUGGGGAGUAAAUCAGCUGCUACCAGCCCCACAGGAUCACUGCACAGCACUCCUACACACCAAGCCAAACCACAGACACUGGAUCCUUUUGCUGACUUGGGGGCUCUUGGAGCAAAUCUAACAGGUUGUCCUUUUGCAAGCAAACCUAGUACACCAACAGGGAUGGGAGGAGUUUUUCCUCCUAUGGGAUCACCACAAAAACCAUCUCCCCAGCCAAUGGGUGGGGGCAGCUGGCAGCAGGGCACUGGAUAUUCCUGGUCACAAUCACAGACGAAAGCCCAGCCACAUUCCUCUCCACAAAACAGGCCUAAUUAUAAUGUGAGUUUUUCUACAAUGCCUGGUGGCCAAAAUGACCGUGGAAAAGGAUCAGGCAGUUCGGAUUCUAAACCCAAAAUGUCUGCUGAUUUUGAGGACCUCUUGUCGGGUCAAGGUUUUAAUGCCCACAAAGACAAAAAGGGACCUAGAACAAUAGCAGAAAUGCGUAAAGAAGAAAUGGCCAAGGAGAUGGACCCUGAAAAGCUAAAAAUCCUUGAAUGGAUUGAAGGGAAGGAAAGAAACAUAAGGGCAUUGUUAUCCACAAUGCAUACAGUGCUAUGGGAAGGAGAGACAAAAUGGAAACCUGUGAGCAUGGCAGAUCUUGUAACUCCAGAGCAAGUAAAGAAGGUUUACCGGAGAGCAGUACUAGUUGUUCAUCCUGAUAAAGCUACAGGGCAGCCAUAUGAACAGUACGCAAAGAUGAUUUUUAUGGAGCUCAAUGAUGCCUGGUCAGAAUUUGAAAACCAAGGCCAAAAGCCCUUGUUUUAGCAUACUUCUUCAGAUAUUGCUGUAGACCUGUGCUAGUGCCCACAUAGUUCCUUGCCACAAGAUUUCAUGGCUGAAAUGAUAUCUGUCUGGAAAUGAGGAAAAUAAAACUUGCCCCAGUACUAAAACCUUUCUUCA